AUGUCCACAAGUCAAGAAUCGAGCGAUGCUUUCAGAAGGCUCAAAGCAAUAUGUGUUCCUUUGCUCAAUGCAUAUCUCCUCACGCCCUCGUCUAUCCCCCAAACGUUGCAUCUGCUGAAGAAUCUACACGAUGAGCUGCGCGCCGUCACUGCGUCCGGAGACUCCAUACCUCCUUCGCUAGCCGGAUACGUGUUUUUCCCGUUGUCGUCCAUAUUGCGGCGCAAUGCACCAUUGGCUAUUCCAGAUCAAGUCAUGGAGAAGGUCCUUCUCAAUCUAAGUAUCUUGAUAGAUGCUUGGUGGUGGAGCUGCGACCUCGGUGUAUGGGAACAAAUGGUGAUGUUGUGUGGUGCCGUAGUUAGCGGCAUGGAGAACAGGAAUCGUGAUGAAGAGACGAAAACGGCAGCCGCGCGAUGUCUGCUCGCUUUGCUCCGUGAACGCACUGCCGAAGAGGCCGUUCAGCGAGCUUACGCCUCCACGCGUUCUGCUGAACGACUGCUCGAGUUUCAGCAACACGCUCGAUCACCCAAGUUAGUGCCGAUAAUAGGACAGACACUAAACGCAUUGCUGGACACGGCGCAAUCCCCUCAUCUAGCCUUACAAGACCUAUGUCUCCAACUUCUAUCUCUGUUGAUCAGAAUCUAUGCACCAGAAAAUCUGGUGCCGUCCGUAUUACCAGGCGUAUUGAGCGGAAUGGUUAAGGUUGCGUUGGGUAUUUCUCGAUCUACAGGUCGAGCCUCCGGGUCAGCCGUAUCUGGAGCGCUGCAAGUUAUGUCGGAUAUCAUUGUCCACGCCAUCGGAGACGAAAUCUGUAUUGCGGAAGGAGCUAUCCGCCCAGUUACUACACUGGAAGAAUUGGCGACUCUGGGUCAACAAACACAUCCUCCUCACGGGGUACAGGAUCAGCCCUACAUGACAGCCAGGACGCCUUCAUGGCUACGCGGAACUUCGUCUCAGGUCCAUAUUGGGUUGAACUCAUUGACCUCACUAGUCUCGCACCCCACUCCCUCCGCCUUGCUGGCCUUGGUCAAAUUCUCCGCAACCGUUCUCCGAAAGACGCCAGAGACCUUACCCCAAUCGAGCCCUCUUCUGCUUUCGCUCCUUCUCUCGCUUUCCAACAGUGAUUUUGAAAGCGUGGCUACCUCUGCCCACGUGGCCCUCGUCGAGUCACUCGCGACCCAAGACAGAUCACGGCAUCAUUUCACUCAAAUAUUGGUGCAACUGACCCGCGAUAACCUCGCCUCCCUUCCACGAUUCAUUACAUCCCAGUCGGAGGUGAAAGUUGCUCAUGCUGCGAACACCAUUUCUGCAGUAUGCCAUCUGGCAUCCUCGCCGAACUCUCCUCAGGCAACGUUCAGCCAGAUUCCUCAUAGCAUUGGAAAGUUGCUAGGACCCAGUGGGGGCAUAGAAAAGUGGGGAUGGACCUUACUCUCGGUGCUGGAGUUCGUCAAACCACAUGUACUGGAAUCCGACGUCUCUGUUCGCCAGAUGCUAGAGAAUGAUCAGAAAGAAAAGAUAUCCUUCACCUACGUCCCUUUAAAGUAUAUCUCGUCUCACGACACGUAUACCGCCCUGGCGAGGAUGCUCAACGCCCUUGGUCAUACCGCUGGCGACGAAUGCCUCUUCGCUAUUGAAUGGUUCGCUAAUAUCGCUUAUAACAACACGAACAGUCAGGCGGUCGCGGCGUUGUGGUGCGCCUGCCGCCUGAUGGAAGGGCUGGCAGAAAUGUCGCUCGCUGACAACAAGGUCCCGGACCCCGUCAAACAGAGACACAGCAAGAGGCUAGAAAAGACGGCAAGAAUGUUAUCGAAAAAGUUCAGUGGUUUAUGGGACAAACCAUCUCAAGAGCCUGAAGCAGAGACUCCGGAUGGCCUCCAGACGCACGAAGAGUCGGCUUCCGUAGAAUUCAUACAGGGUUUGGUUCCUCUCCAUCGUACAUUGCGACUUGUACGUGAAGGUGCAGCGAAACACGAUGUCCCACUGUCCCAGCCGUUCAUCCACCAGACAUUCAGCCUUCAGAUCAUCGCAGUGGCUGCCGGAAUCUUGCGAGCUCGAUUCGCGCCGUUACUUCUUUACACACUCUAUCCGGUCCUGCACUCCCUUACCUCGCCAGAUCCCCUCGUGCUCUCUACAGCUAUGUCAACCUUAGAUUUCAUCACGAUGUCUACAUCCUACGCAUCGCCAUCUAAUCUCCUUCUUUCCAACUUUGACUACGCACUGGACGGCGUGUCCCGGAGAUUGACCAAGCGCUGGCUGGAUAUCGAUGCCACUAAGGUUCUAGCGUUGCUAGUGCGCUUGGUGGGCAGCGAUGUCGUCGAUAAGGCUGGUGAUAUCGUGGAAGAGUGCUUUACCAGGCUAGACGAUUAUCAUGGAUAUGAUAUUCUAGUGGACGGAUUGGUCGAGGUUCUAGGCGAAGUUGUCAAGACUAUCGACGGCGAAGAAAUGCCUCAUUCUCGGGUUUCACGGGUAGCUGUGGAAGAUCCUCCCAAUAACUCCCUUGAUGGGCUGUUCCAUUGGCUAUCCCAUCGCAAUGAUCCACCUGCCGAGGAAGAUGACACAGACUAUGGCCCUGUGCCUCGUGAAGCUUGGGGUAAAUUCAAAGGGAAAGAAACCCAGGAGACACAAGAGGAAGAAGAUAUGAAAUCCCCGGACAAGCCCGACGACUCAGAAGAUGUGCCUCCAACUGUUGCGCAAACAUUAACGAAACAAAUUGUGGCGCAUUCGCUCUAUUACCUCACCCAUGGUUCUCCCGUCAUCAGAGCGAGAAUACUGGACCUACUAACAUCUUCCGUUCCAAUCUUACCUCAACCAGCGCUGCUUUCAUCAAUUAACACCGCCUGGCCGUUUAUAUUGAAUCGCCUUGCAGAUUCUCAACCCUUUGUUGUGGGCGCAACUGCAGCGCUCAUCGAAGCCCUUGCUCUCCACGCUGGCGCAUUUAUGUUCCGAAGAAUUUGGGACGACAUAUGGCCGCGUUUCCAUAAGAUGCUUGAACAGUUGAACAAAGCAGACAACACCAAUGCCUUGUCUAGGCGAGGAUAUGGAGCAGUGGGCACAGAAUCUGCGUACAGCCACUCACACCGAUUAUAUCGUGCCCUUCUUCGCACAAUGUCAGCUGCGAUGGAAGGCGUAGACCCACAGGAUUCUUCCGUAUGGCAGGUUCUACUAUCGUUCCGUCGAUUCCUUCAUAAGCAAGCGCAUGAAGAGUUACAGACCCAUGCUCGGGCCUUGUAUACUGCGAUAGGAAAAAUCAAUGCUGAUGCCGUGUGGCUGGUGUUGCGCUGCACCCAUGCAAAAUUGGAUCCUUCCAUGACAUUCAUGUAUCAGCCUCAAUGGGACAUCAACGAUAACGUAGAAGCUAUUCUACAUCAUACAGCUUUGAUUUAA